CCCGCGAUAAACGGCCCUUACCACCUGGGUAUAAGCAUUCUUUGGCUUCUUUGUGUCUCACAAUUUUCUAUCUAGUCCUUGCUGCAACCUGAUAACAUCUACAUCCGCCUUUUCAUUGCCCUAGCUCCGCCAAACGCGUCGACCGCGGCCAACAGAAGCCAUGGACUCAACUCUGAUGUCAGUUCAUCUCGAGCAAAUACAAAGCUCUUGCCAGGGAAUUGACUCUCUUCCCUUCCCGCCUGCGAAAAUAUUCGCCAAUGCAAUGCUCUCCAACAACGACAUCACAUCCUUAAUCCGAGACACCGAGGCUCACGAACGCGCUCUUUUCUCUGUCCCCCCUCCACCUCCAGCCGCUGCCACGGCGUCAAAGUUCUCAAAAGCAGCCGAAGCCGAAGCCGAAGCCAAACCCAAGAACCGCCGGCAAACAGUCUUCAACGUCGCCUCGGGCGAAGUAACGACGGGCCCGCCGACACGAAGGGCGCCCCAUCGCCGUACAGCGGUGGCGGCAGUCCUGGGCGGCGAGAUGCACGAACAGCUGCGGAGGGGAGAAACAGAUCGCAAGGGCGACUUGGACGUGGAAGUGCUCUUGCGCGGUGCCGAGAAGCUCUGUGGAGUGUAUGAAUUGCCGGGAGCUCGCGAGCGCAUUGUGGCGUUACGGUCCAGAUACCGAAAUGGGAAGAAUACAAUGGCUUAUUACGAGGCAAAGGUGGCUGAACAGGCUGAGCAGCUGGCCAGCAUGAAUAAGGACUGGAUGGACCAGGACCAGGACAAGGACAAGGAAGCGGAUGAGCCUCAGCAGAGCGGCAGUGAUGGGUGGACUGAAGAAGAUUUGAGGAGAGAGGAAGAGGAGGCGAAGCAGAUGGAGACGAAGAAGAGGGAGUUACAGGCUAGGCUAAAGUCCAUGGAGAGAGAUAUUGGAGGGCUAAGAAACAUGUAAGGCUAUGGAAUUAGGAGACCAAAAACUAUGAUACCCCCAAAUAUACGCGAUAGAGUGCUUGCCUCUACAUAGAAUUGUACUACACCGGCUAGCACAGCACGCCGAAAUUGCAAUGAUGGAGGGUUAGAGGGGUGAUGAAAAGGAAAGAGGAGCUUUUAUCCAUAUAAUGCAGACUUGGCCCAUUUUGAUGGCUUAUAUUAUCCUAGCUAUUUUAUAUGACAACAUCGCCAACCCG